AGGUGCAAUGGCUGGCGGUUCUGUCUUUAUUUGGGUUGCCCUCCUCUCCUGUGGCUUCCAAACAUCUGGCAGCAGGCAUGAUGUGAAAACUGCAGACAAUCACACAAGAAAUCCACAGCUGGACCAUAUCAUUUUUCAGAUCCCAUCAGAUAUUGACGAAACAUGCCCUGGUGUGAAGGAACAGCUUACGUCCCUUAACAGUCAGGCAACACGCCGCUACAACCAACUAGAUGGGGAAGCAUUUGAGCUGAGGAGCAUGGUCAGACUGCUCAAUCUGAAGCUUGCAACAUGCAGUGCGACAGCCUCAGCUAUUACUAACUCUUAUCAAGACCAGCUGUACAAUAAAAUGAAAAGGCAGCUGCAGACAUAUGAUAGUGAGACAUUUCAGAUUCUGAACUUCAUCACACUCACCAGGGAGGUGAAUGCAUUAAGGAGGAAGAUUGAAACGGCUGCUUCUAAUUCUACUCAAAGUGCUAUUGACACUACAGUGCUGCAGAGACAGCUGCAAGAGAAGAUCGAUGAACUCCAGCAUAAGAAGGAGCAGAUUGAGGAAACCCUCUCAAACGCAGCACUCAUUUUUCAGAUCGUCUCACUGCAAAAUCAGAUCUGGGAUUUAGAGCAGGAAGAGUCAAGAAGAGGAGAAAUCAGUCUUCAGCCCAACCAGAGGAUGCAGGCUCUACAAGGACAACUGGACCGGCUCAUCAGUGAGCUGAGGGAAAAAGGAGACCCCAAUUCAGCUUUGCUAGAGCUGAUUUCUGUGCACAGUACGAUUACAGUGACUCAGAGGAUCCUCACUCUCCACAUUGAGAAAUCCAGAACGAAUGCUGCUGUGGUGAUCUGUUAG